AUGGGUAGAAGAAAGAAGGGUUCAUCGCAGAGGUCUGGAAAUAGAAAGAAUUUCAACAGGGGAGGUGGUAAAGUUGGAGAGGGUUAUGACUUGGGGACAAGAGACAAUGAACUGUUUGUAAAAUACUACAAGGGAUUGGGUAUUGUUCCUGAGGGCGAAUGGGAUGAGUUUUAUUCAACCUUGAAGAAGACAUUGCCAGUGACCUUCCGCAUUACUGGAUAUAAGAGCCAGUCAGAGGAGUUACUCAACAACAUCACUGGAAAGUUCUUCAGCAACAUUCUUGAUGUGAAAGUAGACGGAGAAGAGGUUCCACCUCCAAAAUCGUUACCUUGGUAUCCCAACAACCUGGCAUGGCAGUUAGAUCUGACUCGCAAGAUAGUCAGAAGCAGUGAACAUCUGAGCCGCCUACAUGACUUUCUUGUUGCAGAAACUGAAUGUGGUGCCAUCAGUCGGCAGGAAGCUGUCAGCAUGAUCCCACCUCUAGUUCUGGACAUCAAAUCACAUCAUAAGAUUCUGGACAUGUGUGCCUCCCCUGGCUCCAAGACUGCACAGCUGAUAGAGUAUCUACACAGUACUAGUCCUGAGGGUGAGUUGCCAACUGGUUAUGUCAUUGCUAAUGACACUGACAACAAGAGAUGUUACCUCAUGGUGCACCAGGUCAAGCGGCUGCAGAGUCCAUGCUGUAUGAUUGUCAACCAUGAUGGCACCAAUUUCCCUAAGAUCCGGGCCAAUAAUGAUGACAAGAGCCCAGAGUUUCAUCUGUUUGAUCGCGUCCUUUGUGAUGUUCCUUGCAGUGGAGACGGCACCAUGAGGAAGAACUUUGAUGUGUGGAACAAGUGGCACCCCCUACAGGGUGCUAACCUGCAUGGACUUCAAUGCAAGCUGCUGCGUCGAGGCUGUCAGUUGCUGGAGAAAAAUGGCCGCAUUGUCUACUCCACAUGCUCCCUCAACCCCAUCGAGGACGAAGCUGUCAUUGCGGACAUGUUGAGGAGUUCAGAGGGAGCCAUGGAGCUGGUAGACAUCCAUGACUUGCUGCCAGGUCUGAAGUUUGUUAAAGGGCUGUCAACCUGGAAGGUGAUGACAAAAACUGGAGAGUGGAUCCACACUCCUGCAGAGAUCCCUGCACCCAUGCAGACCCAGUUUAAGCACACCAUCUUUCCUCCGACAGCGGAGGAGGCACAGCAGUUUCAUUUGGACAGAUGCAUGAGGAUCCUACCACAUCAGCAAGAUACGGGCGGGUUUUUUAUAGCUGCCCUGCAGAAAGUCAGGCAUUUGCCAGCUUCUAGGGAGGCCAGGUUAAAGCAAGAGGCGGCCCAAUCAUCUACAGUCCAGGAGACUCCUGAGGUCAGCCAGGAAGUGGACAAGCAGGACAAUGAGUCUUCGUCCCUGUCUACACAAACAUCUGGAAAGAGGAAAGGAGCUGAGACGGAAGAUGGGCCACAAUCCAAAAAGAAAAAGUUGCACGGUUAUAAAGAAGAUCCAUUUUUGUUCAUGGAAGAGAGCGACCCAAUCUGGCCAUCAAUCAGGGACUUUUUUGGUUUGGCCCAAGAUUUUCCUGUCAACCAGAUCUUGUUCAGAUCCUUGCAGGGGAAGAGAACUCUGUACUAUGUAUCAAAGGCAAUCAGAGACAUCACUAAAUAUAAUGAUGGCAGGAUCAAGUUUAUUAACAUGGGAGUGAAAGCUUUCAGCCGAAGUCCAUCUCCCAUUGUGCCACAGUGUGAUUUUAGAAUCACUCAGGAGGUUUUGGGCACUUUACUUGGUGAGUUGACCAAGAGGAAGGUGGCAGUGUCAAAGAAUGAUGCCAUCAUCGCCAUCAGUCAAGAGAACCCAUUUAUUAGCAAACUUGGGGACGAAGCACAGAAACGACUCCAUGACAUGUCUGCUGGCAGCACUGUCUUUGUUUUCAGCCCAUCAGAAAAGGAGCCCACUCCUGCCUGCGAGGUUGUGUUCUGUGGGUGGAGAGGCAAGAAUUCUGUGAGAUGUUUCGGCUCCAGGAGUGAACGCUCACACGCACUGAUGUUACUGGGAGAAGACUUGAAGGACAUCAACAAAAGAGUGGAAGCUGAGAGAAAGCAGAAACAAGAAGCCAGACAACAUCCAGAAGCUGAUAGCAACAACAAAACUGAGGAUGCUGCUGCACUAGAAGAUGAGGAGGGGUUACCAUCAGUGGAGGAUGAUGAAGACAAGUUGUGUGAUGAUGUGGAAGAAGACAAAAAAGAUGUGGAAGAGAAUGAUAUGGAAAUCGCUGACAGUGGCAAGAAAGUAGAAAAUGCAUGCAGUAUGGAAGAUGAAACUCCAGUGAUCAAAGAUACAUGCAACACUGUGGAAGAAUGUCCAGUAAAAGAGAAUGAGUGCAGUAAUGCAGGGGAGCAUUCAGUGAAUGGGAAUGCAUGCAACAACACAGAUGAGUCUCCAGUGAUAAAAAAGGCAUGCAACAAUGUGGAUGAGUGCUCUGUGAAAGAGAAGGAGUGCCGUAAAGACUGUGACAAAAAAGAGGAGGACAGCACUGAAGCAGCCAUAGAUGUGAGCAAACAAAGCUGA